AUGGGUUGGAGAGAAAAAAUCCCUUACGGCGCUCAUGUCAUCAUCCUGUUUACUUUGGCUUUUGCCGCUUUGAUCCUGGUCAUCCUGAACACCUUCUCAUCACCUUUUAUUCAGUCAAUCAGUUUCCUCAGACUCCCCGAGACCGAUGGAGGUACGAACUUCGGUGCUUUCGGAUGGUGUUCAUCCACCUUUUGUCUACCGAACGCAGUAGCUUACGAGUACGAGCCUUACGUCAACAAAGCUUUGACCGGUGGUAUGAUGUUAUGGGCUAUUUCCGUCAUCUUCGUCUUCUUCACUGUCCUCGCCAUCCUCCCUCUCCUAUUCGUACACGAAUCCAAAGCGUUGAGAACGGUUGGAAACAGAGUGUUCUUCGUUUACACCAUGGGUCUUGCUACUCUCCUUGUCGUCAUUUCUUGGCUAUUCUCGAUCUACGGUUGGAGUAUCGCUCAUAGAGCUUUCGAACUUUCGGAUAUCGAAGUUAGCUUCGGACCAGCUAUGUGGAUGGGGUUGACGGCUGCUCUUUGUAUGCUUAUCAUUUUCAUCCUUCGAUGGCCCGCCGAAGCUUGGGAUGGUACGACCACUCGAGCCAACGGUGGGGUCGGUGCUCGAGGUGUACCUCAAGUUCCCGCUAAUGGCUACUACCAUUACAAGCGCACCACCCGAGAAGUGGUCCCAAGAUACUAG